AAACGGCGGAUACUUCCUGUCACAUUCACCCAGAGGCUCCUCGUGUUCGUGCUUCUUUUAAUAAGAUUACUGUAUUUUGUGCACACAAACUCUCCUUUUCCGCGCGUUCAUUUUGGAGUCUCUGUCAGUUCUACAAAAUUUCCACAACUCAUCGUGCUAACAGCUAACGUUAGCGAAGUAAGCUAGCUGCUAAAGAAGAAACGGGGGCGACGUGCUCAUAUCUGCAGAUAUUUAGAAAUGUAACGUUAUCUGACCACCUUCUACUAUCCUUUCCUUCAAGGAAAUAAAAGACUCCAAGCAGCAGACUCUCGAAGGUUAUGGAGUAUAAUGGAUAACCGUGCGCCCUGUCAGUCGUGGGGGGCUCAGAAUGGCUGGUCCGCUACCUCGACCCCUCCAGGACCCCUGCUCAACCCGCUCCCCAGCUCUCAGCAUCUCGGCCCGGGCUCGUCUCCGGACCCGACGCCCUCCUACGACCACCGGCACGAGUCCCACCAGAGCUGCAUGAGCGACGCUCGCCACUCGGCGCUGUACAAGGCGUCUCUCCUCGGCGGCGACCCUCCACCGGACGCGCUGUUUGCCGACGCUGCGGCCCCCGGCUCCUCUCACGCCAUGUCCUUCCCCCCGCGGCCCUCUCACGCGCCACCGACGCUGCUGCCGGCCAGCCGGGGGAAAACCACCCCCCCGCCUUCUCUUCUCCACACGAGCCGAGCUCCACAGCCCUGUGGGCCCCCGCUUCUGCCGAUGUUCUCCCCCCACAGCCCUUACAAAGCCCCAUUUCAACCUGCGUUAUCCAAUCGGACUUUACCAAACGGACUCCUGCCCGUUGGCCUGCCGUCGUGUGGACAACAUGUAAGUACGUCUCCGGCUGCUUUUGAUGGAAUGCGUGGGGAGUUUUCUGGAAACACUCACCGCCGUGCCUCACCCACCCCUCAGCAGCAGAGUCAGUGGACGCCUUCAUCCCACCGCAGGGCGGCUGGAGAGGAAUCUGUCUCUGUCACGGCGCCUCAUCCUGAAAACCAGCUGUCGCAGGACGGGAAGAUCAGUGCAGCGACCAACAACGAGAGACAACGUCAAGUGCUUUUACAUCAGCGUGCACAACUGCUUCAACAAGUGGCCGAGCUGGAUAAACUUCUGGAAUCAAUACGGCCAGAGGAGAGCCGUGAGGACAAGUCUCCACACGGAGCUCCUCAGUCUCCUCCAUCGAUGGAUGAUGAUUCAUCUCAAUGUGAACAAUCUGAGCCCAGUGAUGCACGGCAGCUUCCGCUGUCUGCAGGAAACCCAAAGUCACAACUUUCCUCCGGUUGUUCAUCUGCCGCCUCCUGUGACGAACAAAGCGCUGCCUCCGACACACCAAGCGGUCCGAUGUCAGCAGGAGAAUCCGAGAAAGAAGAAAGCGAGUCGGCCGAUGACAGCGACUUCUCUGACUUCCUGUCUGACUCUGACUGGGGCUCCUCGGCAGAAUCCAGCCCCGGCACUCCCUCGGCCCCCCCGGGAGAGGAGCCUCCUCCGCCAGAUCAGAAAGGAGGAGAAUCGGCAAGUUCUUUGGCUCGAGAAGAAAGCGUCACUCCCCCAAAAAAGAUCCGGCCCACCAAUCCCAGGAAUUCUUUCGAAACCGUCGUGCUGCCGAGUUCAAAUUCUAAAACGGUUCGCGUCUACGACCGGAGGAACUACUGCUUGUUCUGCAACAAUCCGUUAUCCAAAAUGUCCCGACAUUUUGAGCGGAUCCACGGCGACAAACCGGAGGUCGCAGCUGCCUUUCAGUACCCCAAGAAAUCCAGAGAGAGGCAUAAAAUCUGGAACCGACUAAUAAAUCAGGGAAACUUUGCUCAUAACAAGGAGGUCUUGAAAACGGGGCGGGGCCAACUGGUUUCCCGAAAAAGGCCGAGCACAACUCAGAGGGCCCAAGACUUUCUUCACUGCCUGUACUGCCGAGGCCUUUUCAUCAAGAAAGCGCUGCACAGGCACAUGAAAUCGUGCCCGGAGAAAGCGGCCCACGGCGGCGACGAGCCGGAGCUCGGCAGGCGGCGCCUGGCUUUGCGCUGCGUGCUGGAGACCUUGGAGGACCUCGGGAUCAGCGACGGCUUCAAGAACAUCAUGUCCCCGAUGGUGUUCGACGACGUGACCCAGGCCAUCAUGGCGGACGAGAUCAUCUUGCAGUACGGCGAGGAGCUCUUCAGCCAGCAGGGAUCCGAUCCCAAGAAGCACCACUACAUAAGGCAGAACCUCCGUCAGGUCGCGAGGCUGGUGCAGGAAGCGCGGGAGACCACCCCCCUGAAGAAGCUGGAGGACUUCUUUCUGCCGUCGGCGUUCCCGCACGUGGUGUCGGCGGUGAACGCCCUGGCGGCCUACGACCCGGAGAAGAAGACGUACGGCCUCCCGUCGCUCGCCAUCAAGCUCGGCUACAACCUCCAGAAGACCUGCGCCAUCGUCGAGGGCAACGCCGUGAGGCGCGGCGACGCCGGCUCGGCCGAGGCCGCGCGCAGCUUCCUCGCCGUGUACCACGACAAGUGGAACGCGCUGGUUUCGGGGGGCGCGUUGACGUCGCUGAGGGAAACCAAGCUGACCAAGGAGAAGAAGGUGCCGUUCGCCCAAGACGUAAAGCGGCUGAAUGCCCACAUGGAGGAAGUUCACCUCGUCGCCGAGAAGAAUCUCAGGGACGCGGCGACUGCGGAAAACUACGCCUCCCUGGCCAAGGUGACCCUCGCGCGCACGCUGCUCUUCAACCGGAGGAGCGUCGUGGAGGUGUCCUCGGUGGAGCUGUCGGCUUUCGCGUCCCGGAAGAAGUCCCGCGCGGUCGAUGGCGUCACCUUCUCGGAUCUGGAGAGGAGCAUGAGCGAGUUCUUCACGAGGAUCGACGUUCGAGGGAACACCGGGAAGAUGGUCCCCGUUUUCCUGAAGCCAUCCUUCGAGUCGGCCAUGGAGCUCCUCGUCAACGUGCGCAAGAAGUGCGGCGUCCCCAGGCAGAAUCCCUACGUCUUUGGCCGGCCGCAGACUCUGUCCGCCUACGGCGGGGCCGAGUGCAUCCAGAGGUUCGUCAAGGACUGCGGAGCCGAGGACCCUAAAGUGCUGACGACCGCCAAGAUCCGGAGGCACUACGGAGCGAUGCUGCAGCUGAUCAACCUGGACGCGGACGAGGCCGCCCAAAUUCUGGGCCCCAAUAAUCGAGUCCAAAGCCUGCGAGAGGACAGCGGCCUGUGGCCGGAGGUGGAGAUGGACUCUGAUGAUCUUUGCCAACAAAAAGCCCAGGAAGCAACGACAGACGCCAACACGACUCCACUUCUAACGUCAGACAAAGAAGGCUCCAAAUACAGGGGCAAACAUAAAUGGGAGGAAGAAGAGGUUCUUGCUGUUGAAAGACACAUGAUGCGUUUAAUCGAGGCUCACAAGGUCCCUCAGAAGACGGACUGCUUCCGGUGUCUCCAGGCCGAGCCAAAAGCACUGAAGAUGCGCUCGUGGAAAGGUGUGAAGGACUACGUGAGAAACCGGAUCACCGCGCUGAAAAGGCAAGGAAGAACUCCCACAGCCCCGACAUGAAGCGCGAGCAGGCCGGCUCGAGUGGAAACGCAGAAGACUACUGGGCAUUCUCUGCAGUUAUAGAAGGGAUAUUUGGUCUUUUGUUUUUCCUACUAGCAGCUUCACCUCCCUCUGUUCCUCUGCUCGUCUUUCAUUGGUUCUCCUUCUGCGUCUCUUGUCCUGUUGUAUCAGGUAUACUGCAUUGUGUUUGACUUUCUACUACAGCUUUACCACCAAUAAAGUACAGUUCGUCUGAACAAAGCACACGUUAA